GCCGCCGCCAUCUCCAUCGGGAUCCUCCCAAAUCCACCUCUCCGCCUGACCGCCUCCCUCGUUUUCAGCAUCGAGCCAACCACCUGCUCCUCCUCGAUCCAGCCCGUAGCCCUCCACCUCUCGAUCUCUCCCUGCCAACUAGUGCCUCCCCUGGAUCCCGUCGUCUUCGCGUGCCACGUCGGAGUUCCACCUCGCCGGAGCACAGGACCUCCUCUGCUGUCGCGCCAUGGAUGGCUGCAGCCAAGCUCACGCCCGACCUCCAUGGAGCCAAGAUCCCGCGCCUCCUCUUGUUCUUCUCGAGGGCCAGCACAGCUCACCCGCCUCCUCUGCCUCGUCCCCACCGCCGCUCAUCGAUCGAACCAGCAGCAAGAGCCGACGUGCCCUCCUCCCCAACCGCCUCGCGCCGCUGCCUCAUCAGCUCCGCCUCACCGGAGCGCGUGGCCAGGGAAUGGCAUGGCCGCCGUCGUCGUUCCUCCUUCGCCGCCUGGAUCCGGCGCCAUACGUCCGCUUCGUCCCUGCCGUCCCACCGGAGUCCCCUGCUUCGCCGGACCCCAUUGCUGCCUUCCGCGUCGCCGCUGCUCUGCCUGACGGGCAGAGGACCGCGCCCGCUUCCACUUUAGUGCCUCCCCGCUGUCCAGAUCGAGCGAGAGGAGCUCGCCCAGUCCAGCCGCGUGUUGACCGUGCUGGUCAGCUGCGUGGGCUGCCAGCCGCGCCAAGGCCCAGCACGCCAGCCCUCUGCUUCCUCUCCACCGACGGGCCUCGGCCUAUGGUUGCUUCUCUCGUUAGCUUCGGUUUCAUUCUGGAGUUGUGAGGAUUCAUUCGACCA